AUGGACCCUUCGCCGACUGAGUCAGAGACUCAUCACCCCAAACGACUGACCGAUUUACCGAACGAGGUUCUUAGUCACAUCUGUAGUUAUAUCAUUGCCGAUCGCCCCGACCUAACGCCGUUCCAAGAUGCCGAGCUCGACGAGCCAAUAAGUACAACGAGGAUUGAGGGCCUAGAAAGAUACUGGUAUCUUCGAGGAUACGAGAGGCAGAAGACAGUCAUCGCGGGCGCACACAACAACGAUCCCAUUGAAUGGUGCCGCACUCGCACCACCCCUCCCUUUCCGCUGGUGUUUGCUGCCGAGAAACAAGCAAAGAAUACCCUUGCCAGCUUUGCAGCCACGUGCACGCAACUCAACAAUCAUGUUCGGACAUUAUGCGCGCAACGUACCUUCACCUUGACAGUCAGCCACUGCGGUCUCACUUUUGAGAGCUUCCGGAGUGCGUGGCCCCAACAGAUGUUCGAGGCAUUGCGCUACGAUCCUCCUCGUCAAGAACUUAAUCGUUGGUUUCUUGGCCGCUCUCACUGGGAUUUGGUGAUGGUCAUGCCGGAAGGGCCCAAGCUCGUCAGAAUACCAGAAGUGGGACUUCCCGGAAAUCUUGCAUUCUUUGCAUUUGCAAGGGCGUUCAAGCGCUUGAGGCAUCUCAGUAUAUGUGUGGAUCUGGACAUCAUGAGCUUUCCACACAAAAAGUUGCCCUUUUUCCUCGGGCGGAUUAGCCAGUUCGAUCUCUCACAAGCAGAUUGCGAGCUCUCCCUAUCGACAUUGAGUAUUACUGUAUAUCUGACUCUGUGCGGCUACGGCCUUUGCAGGGAAUCUAUAGGUGAUGGACUUCAGGAAAUACUGCUGGGUGAAUCCGUGGCAGCAAUGAUUGCUGAUCAGUUGGACGACUUUGUCAAGAAGAUCCAUCAAUUUCAAAGCAAACAAAACAGGAAUCGGAAAACAUCUGGAGCAAGCCCGGCGGGAAUGCAAAGUCCUUUGACAGUGAGGCUGUUCAUUCACGGAAGGGGCAGGGAAGGGCUAGUCAGAGACAGAGCUCGGUGUUGCGUGCCCGCGAAUUGGGAGGCCUUCUGCAAGCGUAUUCAAGCCCUAAUCUUCGACCCGAAACCCACGGCAGAGAAUCAAAUCAUCGACUACGAAAGGCUGAUCUGCGAACUCGGGCUUCCCUAG